CUUCUCCUCCUCAUUUUCUUCCUCAAUGGCGAAAGCGGCGAGUGAUGAUGGUUCAGGACAUGCUGAUACUGGUGCUUACACUGUGUUUUUGGACAGCAAUCUUGAUACCCAUCUCGCCAUGAACGUAUCUGUUCAGGAUACCGUCCGCGACCUCAAAGAUAAAAUAAUGAUUGACCACCCUUGUCACUUUCCCAACAUUGGCGAGAUUAUUGUCAAUGCUUUAAAGGUAAAACACAAAGGGUGCUUUUAUCAUCUAUCAGAUUCUGUGUCUGUUAAAAGUGUUUUCAAUGGGUCUAUGAAGAUGUCGUUUUUGCAAUUUGAUGCUUCUCACCAAGGUGAGCGCAAGGAAAAUACAUAUCACUUGAAGCCUGGGGCUAGUUACCUGCCAAGCCAUGUAUUUACCAGGGAUGGCCCUUUGGCUGAAACAAAUACUCUUCGACUUGUUCGUCCUUCUAAAGAUGUGUCGAUUUUAGAUGUUCCUCCAGUUCCUCAAGUUGGAAGCAGGCAACCAAGGGAUAUAUUUCCUCACUCAUCAGAUGACAAAGAGAAACUUAAAAAUGCUAAUUCGGAGAGGUUAUCUACUAGACUUCUUAAGGAUGAUCGUUUGUUUCCUCAGAACUCAUCAAAUGACAAACAGAAACCUAAAAAUGCUGAUUCAGAGGGGUUAUCUAUUAGACUUCCUAAAGAUGACCCUUUUCUUAGUUUAGGCAAUAAGAAGAAAAGGAAAAAGAAGAAGAAACCAUCAAGUCCCUAUGAUCAAGUAGACUAUGAUAUCCCUUCGGGUUAUAAUGUAUGGGAAGAGCCUUCAGAGGUAGCCUUGGAAAACAGCCAUGGAGAUUUGAGGGGAGAGAUUGAUGCAGCAUUGGCUCCUGAACAAACUAAUGUUGCUGAUCACUUUGUUGGUUUUGAUAUGGGUAAACCUGGUACUAGCAAGAUGGACAGAAGGGAUACCUCUGACUACAUAGAGGCAACCAGAGGAAGAAAAUCAAAAAGUUCAAAGAAACAUCAGGCUGCCAGUGUGGAAGGACUUAAUCUGCCUGUGGCUGCUGAGCCUGGUAACCUCACAAAGGAUGGCAAAACUUUGGUGUAUGAUACUGUUUGCUGUGACAACAAUAAUGUUGAUGAUGUAAGGGGAGAGACUUCUGAGGUAGCUUUGGAAAACAGCCAUAGAAAUUUGGGGGAAGAGUUUGAUGCGGCAUUGGCUCCUGAGCAAACUGAUGCUGGUGAUCCUUUUGUUGAUAUUGAUAGGCAUAAGCCUGGUAUUAGCAAAAUAGAGAGAACGGAUACCUCUGACCACAUAGAGGCAUCCAGGGGAAGGAUAUCGAAAAGGUCAAGGAAACACCAGGCUGUCUGUGUGGAAGGACUUGAUCUGCCUAGGGUUGCUGAGCUUGGAAAUCUCACAAAGGAUAACACAACUUUGGUAUCUGAGAAUGUUUGCUGUGACAACAAUGUUGGUGAUGAUGUAAGCAAAAAGACUUCUGAGGUAGCUUUGGAAAACAAUCUUGCAAAUUUAGGGGGAGAGUUUGAUGCAGCAUUGGCUCCUGAGCAAACUGAUGCUGCUGGUCCUUUUGUUGAUGUUAAAUUUAAACCUGUGACUAGCAAUAUGGAGAGAAGGGAUACUUCUGACCAUGUAGAGGCAUCUGAAGGAAGGAAAUCGAAAAGGUCAAAGAAACAUCAGGCUGCCAGUGUGGAAGGACUUAAUCUACCCGUGGUUGUUGAGUCUGGUAACGCUAAGGAUAGCACAAUUUUGGCACAUGAGAAUUUUUGCCAUGACAUUAACGAUGGUGAUGAUGACAAGACUGGUGUAAUUGAGAAGGAAGAAAAGGCACUGUUACAGGAUGAAUGUCCUAAACCAAUGCCAUCAGAAGCACCCACUUCUAAGCUCAAGUCUAUGGGUCUACGUAAAACAGAGAUGGACUCUAAGGAUGUGGUUAUUUCUUCCAAGUUGUUGCAGUCCUCAGCCAUAGCAAGAACUGGGGAUCCUGGUGAUAAAAGAAGAAAGAAGUCAAAGAAAUCCAGGGAUUCUGAUCAACCUUCCUCCGUAGGCAUAGAAGAUGCUAAUGGUGUUCGAGGUGCCAUUCCUUUAAAUCCUGAGCUCGACAAAGCUUUUUUUAGUGAUCAUCCAAGUGAAAAGCAUGACACUCUGUUUCAAAAUGAAAAAGCGAAGGUAUCAAAAGUGGGAACUGUAAAUACUCCAUUAACAGAUCUUGACAAGGAACCUGAUGAUGCAUGUCAAAAUGAGGUAAACUUUGUGCCUCCAAUUCAAGUCAACAAAAUCCAAGAGGCUGAAGGAGGUAGUGUUUAUAAAUUAAAAAGGAAGUCAAGAAAGACUGAAAGUUCUGCCAAGAAUCUCCCAGAUCCAAUGGCAGGAAAGCAAGAUGUCAGCACUGAAGAUCCUGCACUUUCAUCUGAUGAAAAGAAAGGGAAAAACAUCCGGUCUCAAAAUGCAAAGAAAACAAGGUUGGGGAAAAAAGGUCCUACAAACCCAUUAGCUGAUUCAAUGUCAGAAGCUGAGAAAGAUAUUGGGAGUAAGGUAAAUUGUUCCAAGCCAUGUUCAAUCCCUGGGACCAAUGAACCUUCUGAAGUUCCAUCAGAUAUUUUUGUGUGCAACAUAGAUAGACCACCUCAUGAGGCUGACAUUAGUGAUGAUAAAGGUAACGACAAAGGUGACAACCACAUGAAAGUGCUGAAGUUUGAAAGUGAUAAGAUCAGCUGCACUAAAAACUUUGAGCCUAGUCAGAGGAAACAUGAAGUUGCCCCUGUUAAAGACCUUGUUGCCAAGGAUGUUCAAAUUGAGAGGUCAGAUAAAGAGCUGCCAUCCAAUAAGAAAACAAAAAAGCAUCCGAAGUUUGAAAGUGAUAAGAUCUGCCACAUUAAGAUCUUUGAGCCUAGUCAGAGGCGACAUGAAGUUGCUCCUGGUAUAGACCUUGGUGCCAAGGAUGUUCAAAUUGCAAGGUCAGAUAAAGAGCUGCCAUCCAAUAAGAAAAGAAGCAAGCAUAAUGUGCAUUCCUUAGGUACCUCACCUGGUUUACAGAAGUCCUUCAACUCACAUGACAGCCAGGAAUUCAAAGAGAAGCCUCGGAAUGAUUCCUUUGAUACAGUAAAACUUCAAGAACCAAUAUCAAAGACCAAAAAGGGUGAACCCAUGCCCAACACUCCCAACAGAAAGACUUCUACAACUGCUGGAGAUAGGGUGAAAGAUUCAACUUCUUGUUACCAUGAAAAUUGUGAUUCAAUUCCUCGUGAAGCCUCAAAAACCAAAAUUGUUGAUGCUUCUGGGACCAAUAGUCCUGUACAUUCAUCUAUGGUCCAAUUUCCCUUCAGAGCUGGUGAUAAUGCUUUUGAGAAAGAAAGUAGUGUAGAUUGGGAUGCAUCAGGCUCCAGCUGGGAAAGCCGUGAUGUAGGAGUUCUCAAAAACAUACAAGGCAGAAAGCUUAAGUCACGGUCCAAAUACAAUCCUGUGACAGCAGGAAAAGCUUCAAGUAAGAAAACGGGUGAAGUCUUUAACAAUUUUAUUCCUGAGAAGAGGUUGUUUGCUACUUCAGGUACAAUAUUUAAGGAUAGUAGUAGUGACAGUUCUGAAGAUGAAGGUGAAAUAAACAAUUCAGAUACCAGCACCAAAAGCCCUUCGGAUGGUUCAUCCCCUUCAUCAUCUGACUACUUGGAAAGAACAAAUCACUCACCGCAAAAUGGUAACAUAUAUUUAUAUGAAUAAUUAAUUAUGUACAUGCACAUAUACACUAAUUUUCAUGACCAAUACGUUGCUAGUAGAACAGUGAGAGUAGGAUUUGGUUUACCUUGCCACUCCUCUUCCUGGACCUGGAUAAAACUUUU